CUAUAGGAAGACCGUUCUGUCUUUGUAUUAAGAUCAGAAGUAUGUUUUUAUUUGUUAAAAUUGCAGUAUAUGUUUCCAUACUGUUCCUACAUUAUAGCUGCCUCUCAGAAGGGUCACCAUGUGUGGACAAGUCUCUGACAUGCAAAAAUACAAUUUUUCAAUCGUUUGUGUGCCCAGAUAAAGAACUUCAAAAGACUUGUAUGAAAUCUUGUGGAUUGUGCUACUGUGAUCCGAAUCCUUGUGUUCAUGGGACCUGCACAAGCAGUAUACAGGGAUACAGUUGUUCUUGUAAUGAUGAUUAUACUGGAUCUUUAUGUGACAGACUAAAAUUUACUUUUCCUUAUCACAACCCCCAAUGGAAGUGGAGAGACUGUUCUGAUCCAGCUACACGUGUGGUACAUAUUGAAAAUUUUGAUGUGACACCUAAACCUAUACGUAUACCAGGAAAUAUCUCCGUAACUAUCAACAGUCAUAUUGCUCACAAACUUCUAGCUGAUAGUCAUUACAGACUUAAUGUUACAAUGGAUAAGAAAAUUUUAGGCAAUUACCAUCAGGUUCCAUGUAAUGAUUAUGUCGGAUCAUGUGUGUACGACGACUUAUGUGAUAACAUGCAAGAAUAUUUUAAAACUCACUCCUGUCCAAAAAUAGUCACGGACCAUGGACUUACAUGCGGAUGUCCAGUUGAUGAUAUCUCACUUUUUAUGAACAGUUUACCUGCUCGACUAAAUUCGAUUUCACCUAGGUUUUAUUUCAUUGCCAAUGGUGAUUUUAGAGUGAGGGUAGAAUUGUUACAUGGUGGUUCUAUGAUCGGAUGCCUAUACGUAGAAUGGACUAUAACUGUUCCUUGCCAUGGAUUUUUGUGUGGUUAAGAUUAAUAAACUUUACUGGAAUUUGUGACUACUGUUUUUAAAAUUUUUGGGCUGGUAGAUAAACCUUAGCACUCAUAAGUGCAUAUUCAGGACGUAGGCAUUUGAAUUUAUUACCCUCUAA